UAAAGAUUGCAACAAAUAUUUAAUUAUUGAGUAUUACAAUCAUGCUAUAGAUAAAAUUAUUAUUAGUUCAAAUACUCAUGUUUGUCCUCAUCAAGUAUUAUAUAAUAAGGUUAAUGUCGGUAAACGAUACGCAUUGAACUUGUGUAGCUCGGGGCUCAAUCGUCAGUAUUAAACUAAUUUGCGCGGCCGAACGCGCAAUUGUAUUCAAAUUUAACAAAUCAUAAUGCUUCGGAAAUACUCCAUUGUUUUUAUUGUGUUGUUACAAAUAUGUAUAAGUUUUGGUGCUCAUGUCAAGUCAAAACGCGUAUGUGUGAUCGGUGCAGGGAUAGCUGGUAUAUCCUCGGCCAGAUAUUUAAAAGAGGAAGGGAUUGACUUCACUGUUUUUGAAUCCACGCGAUACAUUGGAGGCACUUGGAGAUAUGAUACUCACGUGGGUACAGAUGAAAAUGGUCAACCACUUCAUACAAGCAUGUACAAAUACUUAAGAACAAACCUGCCAAAAGCCCCUAUGGAAAUGCGGGGCUUCCCCCUGCCUGAUUACCUGCCCUCGUACCCUACCGGGAGAGACUUCUACCACUAUCUGGAGGAGUGUGUGGACCGCUUAGACAUAAGGAAAUACAUCAAGUUCUUACACGCCGUAGUUUCGGUAAGAAGGAUAAACGAUGUAUGGAAAGUCAAAUACGAACACGUUGUAACUAAGGAGAUAUUUGAGGAAGACUUUGAUUACAUCAUUGUUGGGAACGGACACUUUAGCAAACCCAGCUAUCCUAACAUUCCUGGUGAAGAUCUUUUUACAGGUAGAAUAAUCCACAGCCACGACUACAAAGCGCCAGAACCCUUCACAAAUCGUCGCGUACUAGUCGUGGGCGCCGGUCCAUCAGGCAUGGACAUCGGGCUUGAAGUAGCUGACGUGGCCAGCGCUCUCAUACACAGCCAUCACUCUAAGAUCAACUGGACCACGCCCUUCCCUCCGCAUUACCACAAGAAACCUGACAUCAAGGAGUUCAACGAAACUGGAGUCAUAUUCGAGGAUGGUAGCUUUGAAGAGAUUGAUGAUGUUAUUUAUUGUACAGGUUUCUAUUACGACUUUCCGUUCCUGGAUGAGUCAAGCGGCCUGACGAUGGAGCCCAAGAGUGUGGUACCUCUAUACAGGUACACCGUGAACAUCAACCAGCCCUCUAUGUUCAUCAUGGGAGCUUUCAUCAGAGCCUGCUUGGUGGUCGCUUUGGAUGCACAGGCACGGUACGCAACAGCAUAUAUUAAAGGGAACUUCAGUCUACCGACUCGAGACGAGAUGAUGCUGGAGUGGCAGAAGCGAAUGGACACCAUCCGCUCCAAGGGACUGCCGACUUCUUACAUACACAUUCUAGGAGAAAAAGAGGACGAAUUCUACGCGGAACUUACAAGAGAGUCAGGUAUCGAGAGAGUUCCUCCAGUGAUGUUCAAGAUCCGCACAAUGGACACUGAAGCCAAGAUAGAGAACUUAUAUACCUACAGGAAUUACGCUUAUACAGUCAUCGAUGACCAUACCUUUGUGAGGAAGGUAGAAGACCCAGCUAUUAGGAAAGGCAUGCAUGAAUAUGGGUUAGCGUAUAUGAAUUAAAAUGGAUUAGAAAAUAAUAUCGAAGUACGCGCAAUUCACACAGUCACACUCAAAAAGAAUUACGGCGGAGUCACACGCAUUGAAAUAUGCAUUGAGUGGCAGAGAGCGAAUUUGACGGCAAAAAUUACACUGGUCAACAAAUUAUAAUUUUUUUUUUGGUGCAAAGGUGAAAUAUACAAUUUCUUGUAGGAUAUUAGAUACGUAAUCGAAGUCCAGAACAUAAAGUUGCACUAGCACGCAGGGAUUUAGAGAUAUAACCCUCCUAAAGUACCAAAAACGCGUUUUUUUAUGAAAUUUGAUGUCAUUUUUUGGGGACAGCAGAAUUUUAUAGGAAUUUCUAACUAAAGCAUCAUAUAGUACUACUUUCCCCGCAUUAACCCCAUUUUAAUU